GGACUCAGCCCUGCUCUGCAGCGCGUAGUGUGGGACUGGGCACCGGGCAGCAGCCGGAGGAGGGAGGUGCAUUGCUCCGGAGCGCACGGAGGGAACCCGGGGAGCGCAGCGCAUCCACCGCAGCUCGUCCGGGCACCUGGGCUUCCAGCCCCCAGGAUCGGCGGAGUCUAGGGGGCGUCGGGGCCACUUGUGUCUUCCCCGGGGGCCGACCCCUUCCCGGAUCUACAGCGCGCGGGGGCCCCCUUGGUGAGAUGGAGCCGGGGCUGUGAGCUGGGGCGGAUCGGGAGGUCUGCGCGCCUCCAGCCCCGGCCAGGGCUCUGCGCCUAUUGUUCCCAGCAGCCGGCGCCGCCGGGGGAUUGUGUCUCUGCGGCAGCUCCGGGGGCACCGAGCGGGACCGGCCCCGCCUGGGGCGGCCGCUCCCCCACUGGACCCCGCGGACUGUGCCCUGCCGGACCGUUUGAAGGGACUGGAAGUUUGGAAGAGAAGAUUAAGCGAGCCCCAGCUAGCAAGCCGGCAGUCUAGACGGGAGUCCCCAUGGAGUUCUGGAGCCCAGUUGCCAACCAGUAGCUGUAGAACUGGGAUGUUUACCUGGAGGUGCCUCCUCUUUUGGGCUGUGCUGGUCACAGCCACGCUGUGCACUGCAAGGCCAGCACCAACCCUGCCAGACCAAGUUCUGCCCAAAGCGAAAAUUGAAGUGGAGUCGCAUUCGGCUCACCCUGGCGACCUCCUCCAAUUGCGCUGCCGGCUACGGGACGAUGUCCAGAGCAUCAACUGGGUGCGAGACGGGGUCCAGCUAUCAGAGAACAACCGGACGCGCAUCACUGGGGAGGAGGUAGAGGUCAGGGACGCUGUGCCUGAGGACUCAGGGCUCUAUGCCUGCAUGACCAACAGCCCCUCAGGGAGCGAGACCACCUACUUCUCCGUUAAUGUCUCAGAUGCUCUUCCAUCCGCUGAGGAUGACGACGACGAUGACGACUCCUCCUCGGAGGAGAAGGAGGCAGAUAACACCAAACCCAACCUGGCUGUGGCUCCCUACUGGACAUACCCCGAGAAGAUGGAGAAGAAGCUCCAUGCUGUCCCAGCUGCCAAAACGGUGAAGUUCAAGUGCCCGUCGAGCGGGACACCCAGCCCCACGCUGCGCUGGCUGAAAAACGGCAAGGAGUUCAAGCCCGACCACCGCAUCGGUGGAUACAAGGUCCGCUACGCAACGUGGAGCAUCAUCAUGGACUCAGUGGUGCCGUCCGAUAAAGGCAACUACACCUGCAUCGUGGAGAACAAAUAUGGGAGCAUCAACCACACCUACCAGCUCGACGUAGUGGAGAGAUCACCUCACCGGCCCAUCCUCCAAGCUGGGCUGCCCGCUAACAAGACCGUGGCCCUGGGCAGCAAUGUGGAGUUUGUGUGCAAAGUUUACAGUGACCCACAGCCCCACAUCCAGUGGCUGAAGCACAUAGAGGUCAAUGGCAGCAAGAUCGGACCCGAUAACUUACCCUACGUGCAGAUCCUGAAGCACUCAGGAAUUAAUAGCUCUGAUGCGGAGGUGCUGACCCUGUAUAAUGUGACAGAGGCCGAGAGCGGGGAGUAUAUUUGUAAGGUUUCCAAUUAUAUUGGCGAGGCUAACCAGUCUGCGUGGCUCACUGUCACCAGACCCAUGGCAAAAGCUAUUGAAGACAGGCCAGCCAUGAUGACCUCGUCGCUGUACCUGGAGAUCAUCAUUUACUGCACAGGGGCCUUUCUCAUCUCGUGCAUGGUGGUGACCGUCAUCAUCUACAAGAUGAAGAGCACCACCAAGAAGACUGACUUCAACAGCCAGCUGGCUGUGCACAAGCUGGCCAAGAGCAUCCCGCUGCGCAGACAGGUAACAGUGUCAGCAGACUCCAGCUCCUCCAUGAACUCAGGGGUGAUGCUUGUGAGGCCCUCGCGGCUCUCCUCCAGCGGUACCCCAAUGCUGGCAGGCGUCUCGGAAUACGAGCUUCCCGAAGACCCUCGGUGGGAGCUUCCCAGGGACAGCCUCUGCAGGUGCUCAGAAUAUUCCCAGCCCUGCGGAGAGAUCAACCCCCACACUCAAAUCUACGGAAGGCUCAUCCUGGGUAAGCCUCUGGGUGAAGGCUGCUUUGGGCAGGUGGUUCUCGCUGAAGCCAUCGGCUUGGACAAGGACAAGCCAAACCGAGUGACUAAAGUGGCAGUCAAGAUGCUGAAGUCUGAUGCUACGGAGAAGGAUUUAUCUGACCUGAUAUCUGAGAUGGAGAUGAUGAAAAUGAUUGGCAAGCACAAGAACAUCAUCAACCUCCUGGGAGCCUGCACUCAGGAUGGUCCACUCUAUGUGAUCGUGGAGUAUGCGUCCAAAGGCAACCUGCGGGAGUACCUGCAGGCCCGGCGGCCCCCCGGCAUGGAAUACUGCUACAACCCGACCCACCUCCCUGAGGAGCAGCUCUCCUUUAAGGACCUGGUGUCCUGCGCGUACCAGGUGGCCAGGGGAAUGGAAUACCUGGCAUCCAAAAAGUGUAUCCACAGAGACCUGGCUGCCAGGAACGUCCUGGUGACGGAAGACAACGUGAUGAAGAUCGCAGACUUCGGCCUGGCCCGGGACAUCCACCACAUAGAUUACUACAAGAAGACGACUAAUGGUCGCUUACCAGUGAAGUGGAUGGCACCGGAGGCCUUGUUCGACCGAAUAUACACCCAUCAGAGCGACGUAUGGUCCUUCGGCGUGCUGCUAUGGGAGAUCUUCACGCUGGGUGGCUCGCCGUACCCCGGGGUGCCCGUUGAGGAGCUCUUCAAGUUGUUGAAAGAAGGCCACAGAAUGGACAAACCCAGCAACUGCACCAAUGAGCUAUACAUGAUGAUGCGAGAUUGCUGGCACGCAGUCCCAUCCCAGAGACCCACCUUUAAGCAGCUGGUAGAAGACUUGGAUAGGAUCGUGGCCAUGACCUCCAACCAGGAAUACCUGGAUCUUUCCAUGCCGCUGGACCAGUAUUCUCCCAGUUUCCCAGACACCCGCAGCUCCACCUGUUCCUCAGGGGAGGACUCAGUUUUUUCCCAUGAUCCCCUUCCAGACGAACCUUGUCUUCCCAAGUACCCGCAUCAGCACGCCAACGGUGGACUUAAACGACGCUGAGGCUGGGACUUCCAUGCAACAGACUGACAACUCUGUGUGUGUGCGUGUGUGUUUGCAUGCGUCUCUGCUAUCCAGGCUGCUGCCAGGAAGCUGUCUGUGCAGCCAUCCAUCACUUUUAGCUAUUGCGUAAAGGAUUUCUAAGACACAUCUCCCAUCACCAAAUCCACCGAUGUCUCAUGCCAGCUUCACCAGCCACCUUAGCUGUGAACUGUCUGCACCUCAAAGGUUUGUUUUUUAUUUCCCUUCUAUGAAAUCUGUGCUUGAAUAGUUCCAGUGGACUAAAACUAAACCCCACUCUUUGGCCAGUGGCCAGACAGAGAACCAGCUGCGGGCUCUUUCUCCUGGAACCAGUCAAUAAUGUGCAUUCCCUUCUUUGCAAGGGAUUGACAGACUGACAUUCCCAAGGAGGAGGACAUGGAAACCUGGGCUAUCCUUGUGUUCUUUUAUACUUGCAAACCCACGCGAUCCAAACUUCGACAGCUCCAUAAGCUAAUGCCAGUACUGAGUGCAGCUCCACCAGCAGUGAAGAAGUGCAGGCUGGGAAAUCGUAAUGCGUUAGAAGCAUCUCUGUCUUGGAUGCUGCGGGAACCCUAGCUGGGUGGUUAUUGCUAUGUGAGAUGGUUUGAAGACUGGCCAAUGGCUUAUGAAUUCCAAUACUAAUUUGCUUUGCUGACCAAACUCAUGGUACGUUGGAACUGGCCAGACGCAGCAUAUACCCCGGCUCAGUACUGAUAGUGGAGGAAGCAGCCAAAUAUACCAGUGCUAAAAACAAACAAACAAAAAGAAAUCUUGUGUACAUAGCUACAAAUAUGUAUAAAUAUGAAUAUAUAUUUACAUGUCUUUUUAAAAGGGUUGUUACCAGAGAUAUACCAGUUUGGUAGUAAGUUACUAGUGGCUGGUAGAGAUCAGUUGCUAUAAAAAAAAAAGUUCAUAUAUUUUACUACUUUUGCUGUUUUUAUUUUUUAAAUUAUGUUCUAAACCUAUUUCAGUUUAGGUCCCUCAAUAAAAAUUGCUGCUGCUUCAGUUUUAUAUGGGGUUGUAUUAAACAGUAAUAAUAAUAAUACUAAUGACAAUGUUUGCUGCCUUUUGGGAAUAUGUUGUCAUUGUAUAAAUGGCCUUUUCUGCCUUCUCACUCCUCAACCCCCAUGUAAAUCCCUCUGUUGGCAUCUGGUGCUGGGUUCUGGAUCUGAGGGGCCCUUCUGGACUUGGGCACAGCUUGUGAAGCACUCGGAUCACCAUAUUGGUGCGUGAGUGUGUCAUAGCGACGUGCUGGAGAGCCACUGUGAUCUGUAUUUUAAACAGAGGGCUUAGGACACUGGCAGUGUCCGAGCUGGGACUCUGCCCAUGUGGGGAGGGGCAAAGCGCCUUUCCCAGCAAUCGCCAGAGGCGUUUGUCGGAAGCGUGAAUAACCCACACCCCAUCCCUAGGUCGGGGAGGCCUUUGUCAUAGCUGAGUUGGUUCCCUGCUGUGUGCCUUCCGUGGAGAGAGCAGGGAAUACUGAGCCAGCUCCGAUCCUGCUUUGCCAUAUACAUUCCAGCCGUGCUCCAAGCCUGCUUCAAUCUUUUCCCAUCCCUGUCUCUGAAUCCGCUCCUCGUUGCUCCUGCCAUGCACUCUGAUUGCAGCCCUUGGUCUAGAGCACGGAGUGCAGGGGCUAGUGAGCCCCUGUCUCUCCUCCACCAUGGCGAGGUGCUCUGCUUCCUCAAAUGAACUCCUUGAGUGCCUUAAAUGCACCUGGUACAUCCACACGGUGUGGCUGAGGAGAUCUGCAGGGAGGAGCUCUGUAGAUUCUUUCUGUCCAGUGGAAGGCCAAAGGAAGCUCCCUUCCAAAGCAGAAUAAGAGGUGUCCUUGUCCUUGUUCCGGGGGAGGUUCCUUGCAGAGGCUCAGCAAGGACAGUUCGGCCAGUGGUUUUGUGUGUCUUUGAACAUACUUUUUCCAGUGACACUUUCAGUUCUUAGAAACCCCAGCCCUGCCUUGUAUUGGAAACCCCAGCUGUGGUUAGCAUGGAGAUAAACCUGGGCCGCUUAGCUUGGGCUGUGGAAGGGAAUAGUGCAUUUUUGUUGUUGUUGUUGUUUUACACGAAGCCACAUCGUUAAUUGGCUUCUCCUUGUGCCAGACCUUGCACUUCAUUGAAUUCCCAUUACCCGCAAAUUCACCCUCUUAGCUGCGGGCACUGAAGGCCGAGUCCAGAUUCCCCACCCUCUCGCCGCCUGGAGCAGUUCCUCCGGGGGAAAGGUGCCUUCGUGCUGUGGCAGACACCCAGGAGCAGGAGCCCUUCCCUCCCACUCACAGGCAUUUCAAACUCCAGAGCCAGGAUGCUAUUACUUGAAAAGUUUAUUUUGCCUUUGUACGGAGAAAUAUUAUUGUUCUAAGCUCUUCUGUAAUGAAUCUGGAAUUCUUGUAAUUAUUAAAGACUUUAACCAAGA